AUGAUUCAUCGUCGAAUCUUACACGAUGAUUCCAUGGGUGUUGGUGAAGCUUUAAAUGAAACUGCCUACGGUAAAGGUCUUGUAGUAACGGGUAAACAUAUUCUUAUUAUUGAUCGUCCAUCGGACAGCGCUCGACUUCAUCGAACUGGUGCUCAGCAGAUGUUCAUGCACCCAUUGGCAACAUAUUCCUUGCCAAAUACAUCAUCCUAUACAAAUUAUUCAAAUAUGUAUAAGCAGAGCUGGUCUGUUCUAUCGGACGCAAUGCCAUUGAACGUACAUUUAUUAACAUUCGAUCAGCUCAACUCGAAACAAUAUCUCAUUCGAGUUGAACACUAUUUUGAAUUAAAUGAAGAUGAUGUCUAUUCCCAACCGGUGACAAUCGAUCUUCAAACAUUAUUCACAAGUAUUGGGACGAUCAAAGACAUGACUGAACUGAUCUUAACUGCUAAUUUACCGCUAUCAGAUUUACAUCGACUUGAGUGGAUGAUAAAAGAUGAUCAAUCAUCACGUGCUGAUAUAAUUCAGCAAUCUGUAUCGAACACGACGUCAAUCACUCUUAAUCCCAUGCAAAUUCGUACAUUUCAAAUCGAUAUUUUGUAG